CCCUUUUCCCUGCCCACGUGGUCUCGGCCUCCGGCCCUAGGCAGCUAGGUAGUUCAGGGCGCCUGUGCGGCCGUCUUAUCCACCUUCAGGGGCGCGGAGGUGGCCCUGUUCCUCGUGCUGCGGGACGCACGCGGCUGCCGGGUGGGAGAUUCUUGCGGGGCUGUCGGAAGCCCAGGACUGUGCUGGGGGCGCAGUCUGCGCCGCCCUCCGCCCUUCCUUCCAGUAGGCCGAUUCCGGUAGUUGCAUCCGGUAGGGAAAUGGUUGUGCUUUCCGUGCCCGCCGAAGUCACUGUGAUCCUGUUAGAUAUCGAAGGUACCACAACCCCGAUUGCUUUCGUGAAGGACAUUUUAUUUCCUUACAUCAGAGAAAAUGUUAAAGAGUAUCUCCAGACACAUUGGGAAGAAGAGGAGUGCCAGCAGGAUGUCAAUCUUUUGAGGAAACAGGCUGAAGAGGAUGCCCACCUGGAUGGGGCUGUUCCCAUCCCUGCCUCAUCUGGGAAUGGAGGAGAUGACCUGCAGCAGAUGAUCCAGGCCGUGGUGGAUAACGUGUGCUGGCAGAUGUCUCUGGACCGGAAGACCACGGCGCUGAAACAGCUGCAGGGCCACAUGUGGAGGGCGGCAUUCGCAGCUGGGCGCAUGAAAGCCGAGUUCUUCGAAGAUGUAGUUCCAGCAGUCCGGAAAUGGAGAGAGGCUGGAAUGAAGGUGUAUAUCUAUUCUUCAGGGAGUGUAGAGGCCCAGAAGCUAUUAUUUGGGCAUUCUACAGAGGGAGAUAUUCUUGAGCUUGUUGAUGGGCACUUUGAUACCAAGAUUGGACACAAAGUGGAGAGUGAGAGUUACCGAAAGAUUGCAAGCAGCAUUGGGUGCUCAACCAACAACAUCUUGUUUCUAACAGACGUUACACUAGAGGCCAGCGCUGCCGAGGAAGCGGAUGUGCACGUCGCUGUGGUGGUGAGACCCGGCAACGCGGGGCUGACAGACGAUGAGAAGACUUACUACAGCCUCAUCACGUCCUUCAGCGAACUGUACCUGCCCUCCUCAGCGUAGAGCAGGAGGUGUAAGGAGCACCAGACUGGCCUCACAGACUUCUCCCUGUAGUCUAGUUUUAUUCUAAUGGUGAAAGUAACUUACUUAAAAAGCCAUAUAUACACACACAUAGGUAUGCAGGUGUAUAUAUGUGUAUGUUUAAAUUGCCUUCCACGGGCACAUAAGUGGAAA